GUUAUAAGCGGUUGACUUCAGUCAGUUUUUGAGCGGCCUUGUGUAAUACAACUCCCUGUCUCGCCUAAGAAUAUAACUGUAAAGAGCAAAUGACGUACGCCCAGGAAAGAAACCGAAGAAAAAAGAAGCAGAAGAACAAUCUUUUACCCGGACAAAUGGGACCUACGCCAGGAGAAAGAUUUCUCUUCCCGAUAUCUUAGUGGUAAAAUCGCAAUCUAAAGUUUUAAGAAUAAGACACUCGCCCGCCCUCUAUCUGUUUCAACAAUUCGGCUAUCGUAAACACAAUACAGCGAAUUUCCGAGCGUACUAACUGUGCUUUGUGUUUGAAAUGAAAUCACGCGAAAAAUUUAAGAUCCCUUUGUUGUUGUGUUGUGUUCACUGAGUCCAUUCAACCCAAAGUUUUUUCUCCCUGGGUUCCGAGGAAAGAUUCUUGCAGUGGAUUGUAGUCAAUCGAUAACUCUACAUAAUGCCGUUCCGGAACACGGAUCACAUGUCCAGGUGCGGCAAAUGCCGGUAUUAUUGCCAGACUGGCUCCACUUUCGUUUUCUCGCAUAUCGGCUUGUGUAGUUUGGUCUUCGGUUACACUGUGCUCGGGGCCUUCACUUUCGAAGCUCUGGAAGCAGGAAACGAGCGCAGCAAGAAAAUGCAGAUGCGAGAGGAAAAAGAUCAAAUGAUUGAGCAGCUCUGGCAGCUCACACUCAAUCCAGUGUUGCUCAACGAGUCUGUCUGGGCAGAGAAUGCCACUUUGAUGCUGAAGAACUUUGAGAUGAAACUCGUGAAGUCCAUGAGAAAGGACGGGUUUGACGGCAACGACGAUCCUGAAAAUUUGCAGUGGACGUUUUCUGGAGCUUUACUUUAUUCCAUUAUAGUCAUAACAACCAUUGGGUAUGGCAACAUAGCUCCUAAGACUGACACCGGCAAAGUUGUCACGAUUCUUUAUGCCAUUGUUGGCAUACCUCUUUUGCUACUAUGUCUUUCAAACAUAGGGGAUGCGAUGGCACAUUCCUUCAAAUUCAUCUACUGGAAAGUGUGUUGCUACUGCUGCCCGAGUCCCCCACGGGCACAUAAUCACCACAAGAAAGCACGCUCCAAUAGAUCGAGUCGAUUUCCUUCAGAAGCCAGAACUAUAGCUCUGCAGGGAGAUUCAUUUGGUCCUCGGAUGUACAGCGGACAUACGGACAGCUUCGACAGACGAGGUUUCAUGACAACAGAUUCGAUGAGCCAUUCCUUGCCGCGAAAUCAGAGUCACACCCACUAUGCAUCAAGAGAGGCUGAAGUUGCCGAUGCUUACAGAGUUCCAAUCAUUUCCAACAAAUACGCCUUACAUCCCAUGGACAACUCCCCUCAUCCUCUUCAACGUUUCAACCCUAUAGAUCCAAUGCCUUACCACCCUGUUGUCCGCCCCCCAACCUCCAAUCGACUGCAAGAACCUUCCAACUUUCUAGUCCCAAACGACGAAUUAAGUUUUGUCGAUGCUUCAUCCCUUAGCAGCGAAAAGGAAGAAGAUGAAGAAACUGAAUCUAGUGUUCCGAUCAUGCUUUGCUUGGCCAUUGUAGUGAGUUACAUCUGCGGUGGCGCCAUUUUGUUCUCCUACUGGGAAGGGUGGGACUAUUCGGAUAGCUGUUAUUUCUGCUUUAUAACCUUAACUACAAUUGGAUUUGGUGACAUGGUACCCGGUACGGCAGUACUGUCAGAAGAUGCACAACUGGCGCUGGGACUCUGUUCUUUGUAUUUGCUGUUCGGCAUGGCUCUAUUGGCUAUGUCUUUUAAUUUGGUGCAAGAGGAAGUUACCAAGACGGUUAGAUCGAUAGGGAAGAGGAUAGGGAUUUUGUCUGAUGACGAUGACGAUUAUGAUGAUAUGUAAAUAAUAUUUUCCUCUGAAGAUAUCUAUAUUCAGUACAUAUAUGUGCUUGUGUGUAAAUUUGUGUAUCUAAUUAAAAAAAUAAUAACAA